GAAAGGAAUAUCAGCCAAACAAGCAAAUGACGUAUUACCAUUUUAACCUAUAUAAGCUUUUAUAGACAUAAACAACUUGUAAAUAGGUUUAAUUUUAAAUAUUUUUAUCAGAUCUUACCGUAAGUUACAAAUUAGACCAAACAUGGAGUCUAAAUGGUAUUUAUUUCCCGGUCAAACUCUUGAAAAUACCAAAAUCUCCGAUAGGGUACAUGCUUUGCACAUAACAAAAACAGGCUGGGAUGGGAUUACCAAACAUUUGGAUAGAAAAAAAUUAAUACAAGAAGCAGCAGAUAGAGAAGCGGCUGUAAAAAAAUACUUGGACGAAGGGUCCAAAAAUAUGACGAAGGAAUGGGAAAAUUCAUUAGAGAAUGUGAGACGGCGAAAAGAAGAAGAACGAGUUCGUCUUAUUGAAGAAAAAAAAGAAGAGCGGCAAAGAAGAUUUUUGGAAUUAAGGAAAGAACAGGAAGAAAUCAGGGGCAAGUAUAUGGAAAAAGUUAAAAAACAAAUUUUCAUGACCACUGGACAUGCCAGAGAUUUAACAAGUGCCUUAGUAAUGUCCGAAGUACUUUUCGAAAGACAAAAGCAGCAAGAGUUCCAAAACAAAAUUAAAAAACAUGAGAAAGAAGAGGAUGAAAAAUAUCUUAAGAUCCUACUGGAGAAAGAGAAAAAAGAACUGGAGAAAGAUCAAGAGAAGAAGAUUAAAAAUUUUGAAAAAGAGCAGCAAUAUGUUAAAGAGCUUAAAAAAAUAAUUAAGGAGAAGGAGGACCUGGAGAGGACUCUAAAGGAAGAGAAAGUUAGGAAAGAAGCACUGGAUAAUAUUGAGGCUGUAAAGGAGAUGGAACAGUUAGAUGAAAUAGUUUUUAAAGAAAAAAUGAAGAGAAAAAAAUGUCUUGCGGAACAAAAAAAAAUAUUUUUACAAAAACAAAAAGAGAUACAGCAGCAAAAAGUUAAAGAAGAAAAAGAAUUGGAUGAAGUAAUUGAAAUAUACAAAGAAGCUAAACAUAAAAUUGAUUGUAUGAAAAAAGCCCGAGAAAAAGAGUUACGAGAACAAGAAAUCCAAAGACGUGAAAAAAUUGCCAAAAUGGUCAUGACGGAGCAGGAAAAUCGUAGUGCAGCCGAAGAAAUGACUAUUAAAAAAGCGAUGGCUGAAAAAGAAGCCAUUGAAAUGGAAAAAAUCAAGUCCCGUGCGGAGUUUGACGCUAAAAUGAAAGAAGAACGUCUAAGAAACCGUGAAGAAGUUUUAGCGAGAGAAGCGGAACAAAAAAGAAAUGAGGAAGAAGUGAAAAAAUGGGAGCUACUUAAUCGGUACAAAACUGACGAGUAUAUGAAAAAAUAUGAAGCCAACUGCAAACAAAAGCUUUGGGAGAAAAUAUUAAACUAUCGAAAGGAAUUAUGCGAGCAAAUGGUAGAAAACCAAUUAGAACAACUAAAAGAGAAAGAAAUCGAAAACGCCAUGAUGAUAUCAAGUGAAGCGAAAGAGGAUGCCAAAUUUUUCGAGUAUGCCCGUGAAGUGAUCGAGUUAGCUAAGAAGAAAGGUCGAAGCACUUACCCCAUUGAAAGAGUUAUUGUGAAAUACAUGAAAGAAACGAAUACUGAUACAGACCUGAUCGGAAAGGACGAACAUAACGAUCUUUGCAAGAAAAAGCCUGUUUUGGUGAAGAAGAACCCUAAGAAUCGCAUUUGUCAUUGCAAUGUGAAAAAAUAAAUAUAAAAGUAAAUGUAUACAUUAAAA